AGCAGCUGGGCACAGAUGCCGAUCGAGAUUGUGUGCAAAAUCAAAUUUGCAGAGGAGGAUGCGAAACCCAAGGAGAAGGAGGCAGGGGAUGAGCAGAGCCUCCUGGGGGCCGCGCGGGGGGCAUCAGCCCCCCGGGACCUGGCCACCUUUGCCAGCACCAGCACUCUGCACGGGCUGGGCCGGGCCUGUGGCCCAGGUCCCCAUGGACUGCGCAGAACCCUGUGGGCACUGGCCCUACUCACCUCGCUGGCUGCCUUCCUGUACCAGGCGGCCGGCCUCGCCCGGGGCUACCUGACCCGGCCUCACCUGGUGGUAAUGGACCCGGCUGCCCCAGCCCCAGUGGCGGGCUUCCCGGCCGUCACCCUCUGCAACAUCAACCGUUUCCGGCAUUCGGCACUCAGCGACGCCGACAUCUUCCACCUGGCCAACCUGACCGGGCUGCCCCCCAAAGACCGGGACGGGCACCGUGCCGCUGGUCUGCGCUACCCGGAGCCCGACAUGGUAGACAUCCUCAACCGCACUGGCCACCAGCUCGCGGAUAUGCUCAAGAGCUGCAACUUCAGCGGGCACCACUGCUCCGCCAGCAACUUCUCCGUGGUCUAUACUCGCUAUGGGAAGUGUUAUACCUUCAACGCGGAUCCACAGAGCUCACUGGCCAGCCGGGUGGGGGGCAUGGGCAGUGGCCUGGAGAUCAUGCUGGACAUCCAGCAGGAGGAGUACCUGCCCAUCUGGAGAGAGACAAACGAGACGUCGUUUGAGGCAGGCAUCCGAGUGCAAAUCCACAGCCAGGAGGAGCCACCCUACAUCCACCAGCUGGGCUUCGGCGUGUCCCCAGGUUUCCAGACCUUUGUGUCCUGCCAGGAACAGCGGCUGACCUAUCUGCCCCAGCCCUGGGGCAACUGCCGAGCGGAGAGUGCGCUCAGGGAGCCUGAGCUUCAAGGCUACUCAGCCUACAGUGUGUCUGCCUGCCGGCUGCGCUGUGAAAAGGAGGCCGUGCUUCAGCGCUGCCACUGCCGGAUGGUGCACAUGCCAGGCAAUGAGACCAUCUGCCCGCCAAAUAUCUACAUCGAGUGUGCUGACCACACACUGGAUUCCUUGGGUGGGGGCUCCGAAGGCCCAUGUUUCUGCCCUACCCCCUGCAACCUGACCCGCUACGGGAAAGAAAUCUCCAUGGUCAAGAUCCCCAACAGGGGCUCAGCCCGGUACCUGGCAAGAAAAUACAAGCGCAAUGAGACCUACAUACGGGAGAACUUCCUGGUCCUAGAUGUCUUUUUUGAAGCCCUGACAUCCGAGGCCAUGGAGCAGCGAGCAGCCUACGGCCUGUCAGCCCUGCUGGGGGACCUCGGGGGACAGAUGGGCUUAUUCAUCGGAGCCAGUGUGCUCACGCUGCUGGAAAUCCUAGACUACAUCUAUGAGGUGUCCUGGGACCGACUGAGGCGGGCAUGGCGUCGUCCCAAGACCCCCCUCCGGACCGCCACUGGGGGCAUCUCCACUUUGGGGCUUCAGGAGCUGAAGGAGCAGAGUACCUGCCCAAGCCAGGGCCGCGCUGAAGGCGGAGGCACCAGCGGCCUGCUCCCAAACCACCACCCCCCGGGAGGCCUCUUUGAAGACUUCGCUUGCUAGGAUGGUGCUGCGUCCAAAAGGACCCAGGAGUCUGGGACUCCAGCCCAGAUCCCCACCGUAGCCUCCCGCUCUUAGGACCGAAGUCUUGGGGGCAGCCCAAAGCUG